AUGCCGGACUCGGACAACUUCUCUUUGAGUGGUUUGCUGGAUGAGCUGGAGCAGGAGUUGGAAGCCAAGGAGUCGGAGAAGGACAAGGCCGGUAUGUUAGAGGCCCCAACACCCUUGACCAAAUGUUUAGAAGCUGGACUGGCUCACGAGCCCUUGUGUGAGGCUUUUCUUACGGCGAAGGUGAACGAGAAGCCCGAGAAGGUGGACGAAGCCAAGGAGGACCGGGGCUGCCAGGAGAAGCUGGACGAGGUUCAAACUCCUUGGCCAGAGGACUGGAAUGGCCUUUUGCAGGGCUUGGAGCCCAAAGAGCACCAGCCCGCAGGAGAUUCCACGCGCGCGGCCUCUUCCGGCACCGCGCAGCAGCCCAGUGCGGGCACCAUUCAGCGGAAGUUCUCCUCGGAUCGAAGACCCAGCGAGCGCAUUCAGAACGAGUCUUGGGGAAGCUGGGGAAGCGGGGGUGUUCACUUGUGGCAAUCGCAAGAAGAAAGAGCUAUGGGAAGGAUCCACGGGCGCCCAUCCUGGGCUCUCCCGGCCCCCAAGGAUCAGCCGGCCCUCCCGGUGGAGCGCCCGUGGCGUCCCACCGGAGCCAAGUCGUCCACGGCGGCGGGCGUGAGCUUGGCAGUGGAUGCCAACACGGCCUGCCGGAAGUACAUGGAGGACAGCCGGUGGAGGCUGGUGGUGCGUCAAGAUGGUUCCAAAAUCCUGGACCCCUUCGACGCUUUAGCGGGCGCCAGUCCGGGCGCCAGUGGCGGCACCUGGGGCUUCUUCGCGGUCUAUGAUGGCCACGGCGGCCGGGAGGCCGUGGAGUACUGCGAACUGCGGCUCCAUGAGCAGGUGGCGCAGGAGAUGAAAACGCUGGGGCCUCAUGAGGCCUUGAAGGCGACCUUUCAGAAGAUCGACAGCCAGCUGGGCAUGUACGGCGCCUGGAACCACGGCACCACCGCCACCGUGGCGCUGCUUUGCCGCCGCGAGGGCACGCGCGAGGGUGAGCUGUAUGUGGCGCAUGUGGGCGAUUCGCGAGCUGUGCUCAUCCCAAAGGUGGACAGCUGCCGCUCCCUGACGCGCGACCACCGCCCAAGCGACCCAUUGGAGGCGGAGCGCGUGCGCGCCGAGGGCGGCCGCGUGACCGAGGGCCGCGUGGGCGGCGACUUGGCCAUCAGCCGGUCGCUGGGCGAUCAUCGCUUGCCCCUCGGAGCGAGGGUAUGCGGAGGGGCUGUGGAGGGUAUGAUGAUGUCGGGAAUAUGCAGGCGGAGGCGGAUUUGGGGGGAGGAAUGA